AAAAAAAAAAAAACAAACUACAAACUCCAGAGAAACCCUGGGCAUCUCGAGCAAACGUCCAUAGUUGAGAGUAGCAAAGACAUCCCAGCCGGAGGAAGUAAGCUCCACUGGGGCGUGGUUGUUCGUGAUCCUCGCAUCUGUCACUUAGGGUCAAGGCUUGGGUCUCCCCACUCAGACCCUUGGGACAACCCAGCCGCAGCGCAACUAUGAACUUGGAGCGGGUGUCCAAUGAGGAGAAGUUGAACCUGUGCCGGAAAUACUACCUGGGUGGGUUUGCUUUCCUGCCUUUUCUCUGGUUGGUUAACAUCUUCUGGUUCUUCCGAGAGGCCUUCCUUGUCCCAGCCUACACAGAGCAGAGCCAAAUCAAAGGCUAUGUCUGGCGCUCAGCUGUGGGCUUCCUCUUCUGGGUCAUUGUGCUCACCACCUGGAUCACCAUCUUCCAGAUCUACAGGCCCCGCUGGGGUGCCCUGGGGGACUACCUCUCCUUCACCAUACCGCUGGGCACCCCCUGACAGCUCGUGCACAGGCUGGGGACCUUCCCAUUCUCCCAGAAUAGGCUCCUUUGCCCUAAGACUUAUUCCCAUGUCUUAUGUUUUCUGCUGACAUCCCCCAAUAAAGGACUCUAACCUUCAA